AUGGAGAUUGUGUACGUGUAUGUCAAGAAGCGCAGCGAGUUCGGGAAGCAAUGCAACUUCUCCGACCGCCAGGCAGAGCUGAACAUCGACAUACCGCCCAACCCUGAGCUGGCCAAGCAAUUCAUGGAGCGGAACCCUGUGGACAAGGGCAUCCAGUGCUCCACCAGCAUGUCGGAACACGAGGCCAACACAGAGCGGUUUGAAAUGGAGACCCGGGGGGUUAAUCACAUCGAGGGGGGCUGGCCCAAGGAUGUGAACCCCCUGGAACUGGAGCAGACGACCCGCUUCCGGAAGAAGGUGGAGAAAGAUGAGAACUACAUCAAGACCAUCACGCAGCUGGGCUCGAUCAUGGAGCACUGCAUCAAGCAGAAUAACGCCACUGACAUCUACCAGGAGUAUUUUGAUGACGAGGAUGCGCUGGAGGUGAUGGAAGAGGCCGCUUCAGCUAAAACCAUCAAUGUUUUCAGGGAUCCCCAGGAAAUUAAGCGGUCAGCCACACACAUCUCCUGGCACCCUGAUGGCAGCAGGAAGUUGGCAGUGGCGUACUCUUGCUUGGACUUUCAACGGGCACCUGAGGGCAUGAGCAACGAAUCGUACAUCUGGGACCUGGAAAACCCCAACAGGCCAGAAAUUGCCCUAAAGCCGUCUUCUCCUCUUGUCACCUUGGAAUACAACCCCAAAGAUUCCCACGUGCUCCUGGCAGGCUGCUACAAUGGGCAGAUCGCCUGUUGGGACACCAGGAAGGGCAGCCUGGUGGCAGAGCUGUCCACCAUUGAGUUCAGCCACCGAGACCCUGUUUACGGCACCAUCUGGCUGCAGUCGAAGACGGGCACCGAGUGCUUCUCGGCAUCCACGGACGGGCAGGUCAUGUGGUGGGACAUCCGGAAGCUGAGCGAGCCCACCGAGGUCGUCAUCAUGGACAUCACCAAAAAGGAACAGCUGGAGCAUGCCUUGGGGGCCAUCUCCCUGGAGUUCGAGGCUACUCUGCCGACCAAGUUCAUGGUGGGCACGGAGCAAGGCAUCGUCAUCUCCUGCAACCGCAAGGCCAAGACAUCGGCUGAGAAGAUCGUGUGCACCUUCUCAGGCCACCAUGGCCCCAUCUAUGCCCUGCAGCGAAACCCAUUUUACCCGAAGAACUUUCUGACCGUCGGCGACUGGACCGCCCGCAUCUGGUCAGAAGACAGCCGGGAGUCAUCCAUUAUGUGGACCAAGUACCACAUGGCUUAUCUCACUGAUGGUGCCUGGAGCCCAGUGAGGCCAGCGGUUUUCUUCACCACCAAGAUGGACGGGACCUUGGACAUCUGGGACUUUGUGUUCAAGCAAUGUGACCCCGCCCUCAGCCUGAAGGUGUGUGACGAGGCCCUCUUCUGCCUCCGGCUACAAGACAAUGGACGUUUCAUUGCCUGUGGCUCCCAGCUGGGGACAACUACGCUGCUGGAGGUCUCGAAUGGGCUGUGCACCCUGCAGAGGAACGAGAAGAACAUGGUUUCCUCGAUAUUUGAGCGUGAGACCCGGCGGGAGAAGAUCCUGGAGGCCAGGCACCGUGAGAUGCGGCUGAAGGAGAAGGGCAAGGCGGAGGGCAAGGAUGGCCACCAGAGGGAAGAGGAGCCUGCCUUGAACCUGGAGGAGCUGGUCACCAAGGCCGAGGAGGAGUUCUUUGAUGUCAUCUUCACGGAGCUGAAGAAGAGGGAGGCGGAAGCCAUGAAGAAGAAGCCCAAGCCUCUGGAACGACCAAGUCUGGAGACAGAAGAGGAGGUGGAGGGAGAGGAAGAAAGGGAGGAAGAAAGAGACGGUGAAGAGAGUCCAACCUUGGAAGAUCCCCGGUCCCCGGUGACUCCCUGA